ACCCUUUUUGUUUGAAACAUCGCACAUGCAGUUCCUGUUACCGAGUUGUAUUCUGUUUUCUGGCUAAUAUCUCAUACUUUUGGACACAAGGUGAAAAUGCCAUGGCCGAUGCUUUCCGCGUUCAAUGCCCUAGGACAGAGUUAAAAAAUGCUGUAUUUCUCAGAGUACGUGAAGACUGUAGCCAUUCAAGGCAACGAUCUAUAGCUCAGUAUUAUCGGGGUCAGAUACAUCAGCGAAUCUUACAAGCAAUUGCCGGUUCCCGAGACUUUUCGUGAAAGAUCUGAGAGAAAUGUUGCACAAUGACUGAUGAACAAGGCCGUAAGCAACUACAGCACUUUACCGACGAGCAUCCUCUGGAACUCGUUGAGGAGGUGGAAAUCGAAGUUAGUCCCCCUGUUAAAUGCCUUGCGUGUGGGGAAUAUUGCUUGGGUCCUUGCUAUCGCUGUGUCAGUCGCUGCGGCAUCUUUCUUCACCAACCAUGUGCUGAGUUCAAGUACCCAGACAAAAUCUCAAAUUGCCAUGCUCACUCAUGUUCUCUCGCCUUGCGUACUCGGCCAAAUUACUUUAUCUGCAACGAUUGUGGCAAAUGUAUUCGGGGUAUAUGUUACCAUUGUGAGCCUUGCGGAGUGUUUAUUGAUGUUGAAUGCGCUCUAUUGACCAGCCUAGAAUCCGAAGACAAAAAGCAGAUUAAGCAUUUCAGCCAUCCACAUCCCUUUCGCGUUGAGGAUUUAAGUGAAAUUGACCAAGUUUAUUGCUCUGCAUGUAGGAAAUACUGCGAUGGACCAACCUAUGUUUGCCGCAAAUGUGAAAUCUCACGCCACAUACUCUGUGCUCAGUAUUCUCCGAAGAUCGAUGACCCCCUUCACCUAUCACACCCUCUAUACCUUCAUGAAUCUGCAACCCAAGUAGGAUCUCGGUGCUACUUAUGCUGCAACCCUUGCGAUGGCUUUUCUUACAGAUGCAAAGUGUGUAAUUUUAAUUUGCAUGUUGAUAAAUGCGUUGGAAAAGCUUCCGCUGUAAAAUAUGAAGGUCACGAACACCUUCUCUUGUUGGUCGAGAAUAUAGGAAUUGAAGUUAAUUGCAACGCCUGUGGCAUGAGCUGUGGUAACGGGAUACCGAUCGAAAAAAAAAAGAGCUAUGGUUCCUGGAUACUCCGUUGUCCUCCCUGCAAUUUCUGUCUCCAUAUUCAAUGUGGCCCAUUACCGUAUACCAUCAAAGAUAAAUGUCAUUUAGACUCGCUCACCCUCGUGGAAUCCCCGGUUGAAGACGAGUCAGACGACGAAUUCUACUGCGAUGCUUGUGAGAUUGAAAGAGAUCCACGAUUACCCAUUUAUUGUUGCGGACCUUGCGGCCGAUUUGUAGCCGAGAUCUCUUGUGUAAUCCCUGAGGUUAUUAGGUGGCUAACGGGAGAAUAUGGGGAUGUGGAGUUGAGCAUGCCUGAUGGAAGAAUUGCUGGAAAAGUAGUUAAGAAAAACCUGCCACAAGUAAUGCGGGAAAUAGAAGAUGCGCAAUUAAUCAAAUACAAACCAGAGCUCAACGAUGAUUCUCUGACCCUCAAGAGUAUAUGGGAGUAUGUGAGUAAGACGAGGCAAAAUGAUGAGGCAGAAGCGAGCAAAAAAGAUAGCGAUCAGUCUGGUUUAUUAAUCUUGCAUCACAUAUUAAACCGUCUGAGUGAAGAUGAGUCUAAGGAAUUGAGAAAUGUUUUAGCGACUGAAGAAACCGAAAUAAGUAGUGACGCACAGAACUCGUCUCGUGGUUCCUUCUUUUUGGACGAAAAAUAUAUAGCAUUUGAGAAAAAGCUUGAUUCCUUGCCCGGGGAUACUAGGGAUUUUUGGAACAAAGAGGAGGAGAUGGUUAAUGUGAUGGAAUACUCGGUGCCUCGGAGCUUGGUCCCAAUCCUAGAAAGCUUGUUUGACAAACAUGGGGAUGUUAGUGUUGAUACCAAUCUAUCUCCUGGGGUAAAGAUAUUUCUCUUCGUCAUAUUGUGUGGGACUCUAAGCAGCAUGUACGACACCAGGGUUUUGGACAUCUCAGAAGAUCUACUAAUGAAUUGGUGGAACUACUUGAAAGCCUUGAAAUCUGCUGGGUUCAAAAUUCAGUUUGCCAUUGAUCAUUUGAAGAGAGUGGCGCGUGCUUACUUUGGACUUCAGCUUCAAGCACAAGUAUCCAAUACCCUUUCCCAACUUCAAAGGGAUAUCCCCAAGUAUUCUGAGGAAGUAGAGGAACUUACCAAAAAAUUAGAGCAUCUCAGGUCCGAAUUGAAGCGUUUAGAAUCUGAAGACUCUGGGAGAAAAUCAAGCUUAAUUGAGGAGUGCUUGAGCGAUGCCUCCAAAUUAAGGUGGAGGAAGGCUGGUGAGGGUCUUAAGCUUAAACCGGCCCUAGUCCUAGAAAAUCUGUGAUAACUCUGCUUUCUUCUUUAAGUGAGAGACUAUUUCUUUAUGAUUCACAAACAGUUUGUUAUUAUUCACUAC